UCCGGUUAAAAACAUAAUAUCAUGACUUGCCGCUUGCACGCAUGCUUCAAAAGGUUCCCUUCCAAGCUGAAAGACACGCAUUUUUUUGGAUCGUCGUGAAGAAAUCGUCUGUCCUUUUCCAUGGGACAGGAGUGAGCGGCUGCUCGUUUGGAAUCAGAACCUGUUAAUGUUGUGAGUGAGGUAAAACCUUAGACAAAGAUAAGUCCAUUAGCUAAUAAGCUAUACUGUUCCGCACGUGUCCAUUUUAUUUACAUGUUUUCGCACUACUCACAUACCAGUAUCUACGUUAUGGUACUUGUGGAUUAUAAUGUCGAUAAAUAUAUAUGUUUCCAAUGUUAUUACCCAUCACAUAAUGAAAAAUCUCUACAUUGUUAAUAUCUUUUUUAUGAAAGGGGCAUUACAACUUUAUUAACUCUGUUUAUUUAUAUGUAAAAACUUGGCUCGCUGUUUUGGGGAACCAUAUGUAAAUCCGUAUUGACAUGGAAAUGCUGUAGGCGAAUCUGAUUGGCCAAUAUCAUCGAGGUCCCGGGUUCUAUUAUUUUGGUAUAGUUCCAAGAGAGUCCUUUGCGAGAUAAAGUCGCUUGUAUUGCUCUGUUAGACAGUCCCGAGCUUGGAACUCUGAUAAUUCGACAUAAUUUAGGCCUAAAUGAUGGGUUAUGUUCUCUACGCAAAGGCGAUUAUACUUCUAGCGGCGUCGAAUUUUCUCCAAACGAAGGCAGAUGAUUACUGUGGAAGGAAAGGCAAAAAAGAAUUUUACUGCGAUAAAGGCCAUUGCUGUGGUAACUUUGAAUGCUGCGUUUAUUACAAGUAUUACGAGAUGUGGUGGUUCUGGCUUAUUUGGUGUGUCAUAACCAUCUUAGGGUGCAGCUGUGCAUACUUGAAGAGACGUCAAAUAGGACUAUAUGGCUAUACAAUGAAUGUUCAAAAUAAUCUGCAAUCGAGAGCUAGUAGCAACUCUCCUGAGUAUCCCAAGCACAAGUUGCCAUCUUAUGCUGAGGUCAUAGCCAUGCCAAACCUCGGUCCUCCUGAUGACAUAGAGGGUGCACCGCCACCUUACUUCGUGAGUUUACCAUCUGCAAGCACUGGCUUGUUAGGAAGUACAAGCUCAUUGUCCACUGCAUCUCAAAGUGAAGCUACCACCAUUGACAUAGUACCGGAUAUAAACUACUGUGAACAGGUUAAGCAGGAUUGUUGUACAAGAACCAAAAAUAAGGGAGGAACAUGAAGAAAUGAUUCUUUCUUUUGUCAUUGACAUGAAAACAUAUCUAAUUUAACCUACAUUUGAAGGUGCUGUCAUUUGCACCAGUUUCUAAAAACCUCCAGUCUGCGAAGACUAUAGUUAUUAAAGAUAGAAAUUCUUGUAUAAUCUGGCUCAUUGCCAGAUUAAUUAGUAAAAGUUCUAAGAAAAAAAAGAAUAAAUUAUAGGAUAUUCCUAAUUGCUCUAUUACAUUGUUCAAUGUUGACCCGAGCAUGAGAUUUUUGUAUAAAGACUGCAGUACAUGGAUUGCCAUUGUGCCUUUACUUUGUUACAUCCAUUUAAAUAAGUGGACCAGGUUACAUAGCAACUAUCCAUUUAAAUAAGUGGACCAGGUUAUAAAGCAACUACCAUUUAAAUAAGUGGACCAGGUAAUGCCUAAUGGAAUAUGUAGUUCCCAAUACUACAUAUCUAGAGUUUUUAAAACACUAAUUGCAAAAUUUUUCAGAAUUUUUCCAUAAAUAUUUUUUCCCUAUAUUUGACUAUUCACACGUACAUGCUUAUAUGAGGAAUCAAUGCUUAGUAUAACAGAAAGUUACACUGAUUUUUAAAAUACAGUAAGAUACUCAGUGGUAAUGUACUGUAAUAAGGAAACAUUUCCAUAUACAAUCCAAGCUCACAUAGAUGUUAGUGGCCUCACCACCGUUAAUGGAUAUGUAAUGAACUGAGACUGCUACAAGGAAAGCAUACCUGUCGCCACCACCUCUUAUAGCAACAAUGCACCCAUAAAAACUCUUCCAGCAUUAAGGCUGCUGCCCCUAGGGAGUUUGUCCGCCAGUUAACUAAAAACUUAACUAGAAUCUUGGUAAAUAUGUCACUUAACUAGAAUCUUGGUAAAUAUGUCACUUAACUGGAAUCUUGGUAAAUAUGUCACUUAACUAGAAUCUUGGUAAAUAUGUCACUUAACUAGAAUCUUGGUAAAUAUGUCACUUAACUAGAAUCUUGGUAAAUAUGUCACUUAACUAGAAUCUUGGUAAAUAUGUCACUUAACUAGAAUCUUGGUAAAUAUGUCACUUAACUAGAAUCUUGGUAAAUAUGACACUUAACUAGAAUCUUGGUAAAUAUGUCACUUAACUAGAAUCUUGGUAAAUAUGUCACUUAACUAGAAUCUUGGUAAAUAUGUCACUUAACUAGAAUCUUGGUAAAUAUGUCACUUAACUAGAAUCUUGGUAAAUAUGUCACUUAACUAGAAUCUUGGUAAAUAUGUCACUUAACUAGAAUCUUGGUAAAUAUGUCACUUAACUAGAAUCUUGGUAAAUAUGUCACAAAGUGCUGGGUGUUCACCAGCCAUUACCAGUUUCUCGGCAUUUGACUGUUGGCACUCUGGAACCAGGAAAAUGCAGGAUGAGCCUGCUAUUUCUUUUAUGACUGAAAAUGCUUCCAAGAGUUAUCAUGAUUAUUUCAAAUGGCUAGAAAUAUAUAUUAUUUCAAUACAGUAUAUAUGAUAUAUUAUUCUAGGAGCCACCAAGUUGAGAAAGUUUAUAAAAAAAAGUAUAGAUAAAUUACACAAUCAUAGUUAUAUUCCAAACUUUGUAAGUAGGAUAAGAUGUAUUUAAUAAAGAGUAUUUUUGAGUA